UCCCUUGCUAAUGAGGUUAUCUCCGGGAACUCGCGAGAGCUGGUUGUCAACGAGACAGGCAGGUUCCACAACAUCGUCAUUAUUACAUUGCUUACUCCUUUUUCACUCGUUUAUAAAGUUCAAAGUUAUCAUGGAUGAAUUCCAGUCAGGAGAGGAGACGGCGUUCGUUGUUGAUGAGGUCACCAACAUUAUCAAAGAGGCUAUUGAGGGAGCUAUCGGAGGUAAUGCUUACCAGCACAAUAAAGUAAACCAGUGGACUUCCAGUGUUGUAGAGCAGUGCCUCAACCAACUUACCAAGCUUGGCAAACCCUUCAAAUAUAUUGUGACCUGUGUCAUCAUGCAAAAGAAUGGUGCUGGUCUCCACACAGCAAGCUCCUGCUACUGGGAUAAUGCUACAGAUGGCAGCUGCACAGUGCGAUGGGAAAACAAGACAAUGUACUGCAUAGUUAGUGUCUUUGGACUAGCAAUUUAAGCCACAGUACCUACCCAACUACCUUCUACUCUUUCUGUACAAAAUCUGUUUUAAAAAAAGGCCAGGGGCAUGUUUCACUUGUUUUUUCUUCAGGAGACUAUUUUUUUUUUUUGAGUGUAGAAGGAGUAAAUAUCAGACAUUCACUUUUUUUUUUUUUCUUGGAAGAAAAAAAUUAACAGUGUAAAAGUUGGAAGCAUAGGUAGGUUGAGGGGAAAAAAUAUUAUUUAUUCCAAACUUCUGUUGUGUCAUGUACAUGUUUAUGUUUGAAAAUUAAAGUCUGCUAAAUUGAUUUCACAAUAAA